GGAUUGGUGAUGUAAAAAAGAAGUGAGAUAAAAGAAGUAGAGAAGGUGAAAUAGCAUUUAAAUCAGCUUUUAUCAAAGUUAUAAAGAACCAAGGAUGACCACCAAACCUGCUUUGACACCUCAAAACUCUUCUAAGCAAGUCGUUGAAUUGGAGGGAUAUGUUAUUAUACUUGUCGAGGGACGUGAUGGAAAAAUAAAACUUUAUGGAAGCCCAGCCGAUCGAGAUGGCUUGGAAGUAGCUGACGAGAUACUUGAUGUUAACGAACGUAAAUUAGAUGACGUUCCUCGUGCCCUCGUCAUCAAACAUAUUCAUGAAUGCAUUCAAUCGGGAAUGAUAAAACUUCGAGUGAAACGAAGAAGUGAUUCACGUCUUGCUGGUGAACUUUGUAAUACUGUUCAGGAUGCAUUUGUCAUCGCUGUUGAACAACAAGCUCGAGAACGUUUGCAACGCUUGUCUGCGCUUAAGAGAAUUACUCCAGUCGACAUAACGCAGCUUUCUAUAAAGUUGAAUCAACAGAACCCCAAAGGGGCAACAACAACUCAAGAUUACAGCUUUUUAAACGAAGCAUCACCGAUAUAUGUGACGUCACUUUCUAAUAACAAUAGUACCGUGACAAGUGCAGCAAUAUCGACAGCAAAAAUAUCAAAUCCAACGGUGAAGAGUCCCACAGUAAAAAGUAAUAGUAAUCCACUUGAUUUAUUCGGUAAUAAUCCACAUCCUGAACUGCAUCAGACUAACAGCACACAAAGUAAUCAAUUACUAACAACUUCAAUCAUUCGCAAACCAAUCACCUCCUCUACGUUUGACAAUAAGACGGUUCAGAAUAACAUUAAUUACAUUGCUUCAACAUCAAAUCCCUCCUCGACACAACUGCAUCAGCUUCAGCAAAGCAGCAAACUGGUGGCGGGCCCAUCGACAGCCCAAGGAACACUAACAGCAAUACCAUUAUAUGAUCCUAGUAGUGAUUUAAUCAAAAAUAGUGCUAGUAACGUAGUGAAUAAUAACAAUAGCAUUAACUUUCACAAUAACAUAAAUGUGCUCAACAAUGCCAGCAGUAACCAGUUGCCAAAUAAUUUAGACUUUGAUCCGAUCGACGGUUGCACUAGUUACUAUUCAAAUAAUCGCACUAAUGAGUUUACUUUAGAGUCUGAUACAGCUCAAGGAGAUAGUUUCGACGGUAAUACCAUAUCGAGAGGUGGCACUGAAGUUCUUCUUGGAGAUCUUAGUUUGAAAGCCGAUAACAGAGUCCGAAGACCAUCACGAUCCAGCAUUCUUGUGUUGGGUGAUGAUUCAUUGAAGCAAAUAUCUAGCGGUAAUUUCAUUAAUCACGCCGACAUGCAUUCAAUGGAAAACGGACAGCAUCGUGAGAUGGCUGUUGAUGUGCCAGAGUCAUUCAUUGCACAUAAUAAAACUCAACCACGCUAUCCACCACCGAGAACGCUAAAUAAUCAAACAUCAACAGCAAAACCAAUACUCAAUGAUAUGCGUCCUGUACCACCACCACGUAUCGAUAAUAAUGAUCGAGUCACACCACAACUUCCCAGCAAACAAACGGGAAAAAUUGGACAAAUUCUCGAGCCAACAUUGGAUCAAAUGGAUAGCAUUAAAAAGUAUCAAGAUCAGUUGCGGUUACGACAUUAUGAUGAAAUGGUAGCUACAAUGCAAAGACUUCAAACAAACUUCAAAAAACAUGGAAUGCACGCUCUCGCCAGUCGUCUUAACAUUGCUCAAAAUCUACUACUCAAAUCUGUCGUCGCAAAAGCAUUGGACACAAGAGUUCAACUUCUUCAAAGACGUUUCCCAAGAGUUCAUAACCCCAUUUCUUAUAAUGCUCAAAAGUUAACGAAAGAUUGCGUUGAAGCAUUAUCUGAAUCAAAUUCCGCUCUUGCCGUGGAACUCUGCGACCUUUUGACAUCUUAUGAAAUGGAAGGAUUACUUCAAGCUCAUGACAGUAUCGCUUCAUUGACAGAUCGUGUCAGUGUCUCGCAAACUAACAUGAAUACAAUACCAGCUAAAAUUCCUCUUCAUCAAACAAUUUCUAACAAUAGUAUGCAACCAGAAAGUAAAGGUUACAGCAGUUCAAACGAGGAUAUUAAAAAGAAACCUGAACCUAUAACUGCUGCUCCUUUCGGUGUUUUACGCGAUGGCAGUCAAGAUCACAUUAGAAUAAUUCAAAUUGAAAAGUCAUCAGAGCCUUUAGGUGCAACAAUUCGUAAUGAGGGUGAAGCCGUUGUGAUAGGACGUGUUGUUCGUGGCGGUGCAGCUGAAAAGUCAGGAUUGUUACAUGAAGGCGAUGAAAUUCUUGAAGUCAAUGGAAUAGAAAUGCGUGGUAAAUCUGUGAAUGAUGUUUGUUCAAUAUUAAGCGGAAUGACGGGUACAUUAACGUUUUUGGUUGUGCCUGCUAAUCGUGUACCGUCGAUGGGUGGUGGUCGCGAUCCGCCAGUGCUUCAUGUUCGGGCACAUUUUGAUUAUGAUCCCGAAGAUGACUUGUACAUUCCAUGUCGUGAGUUGGGAAUAAGUUUUCAGAAAGGUGACGUCUUACAUGUCAUCUCACGCGAGGAUCCAAAUUGGUGGCAAGCUUAUCGUGAAGGAGAAGAAGAUCAAACACUUGCUGGAUUGAUUCCGAGUCAAUCUUUCCAACAUCAGCGUGAAUCGAUGAAACUUGCAAUUGCUGGUGAAAUUGGAAGUCGUGCUAAGAAUCGAGAGACUAAAAGUGCAACUUCCACGUUACUUUGUGCUCGUAAAGGACGAAGAAAACGAAAGAAGGCAAAUAACGAGCAUGGCUAUCCACUUUAUGCUACAACAACAGCCGAAGAACCUGAACCAGAAAUUUUAACAUACGAGGAAGUGACGCUUUACUAUCCUCGAGCUUCACAUAAACGACCGAUUGUUCUUAUUGGACCGCCUAACAUCGGUCGUCAUGAGUUACGACAACGUUUAAUGGCAGACUCGGAUCGAUUUGCUGCUGCCAUUCCACACACGUCAAGACCUCGACGAGAAGGUGAAGUACCAGGACAAGAUUAUCAUUUCAUUUCGAGACAACAAUUCGAAUCUGAUAUCUUAGCACGUAAAUUUGUUGAGCAUGGAGAAUACGAGAAAGCAUAUUACGGCACAUCAUUGGAAGCAAUACGAGCUGUUGUAGCAAGUGGAAAGAUUUGCGUUCUUAAUUUACAUCCACAAAGUUUGAAGCUUCUACGACAGUCAGAUCUGAAACCAUACACUGUGUUGGUUGCACCUCCAAGCUUGGAAAAGCUUCGUCAGAAACGAAUACGAGCAGGAGAGCCUUAUAAAGAGGAAGAACUGAAAGAAAUAAUUGCAACAGCUCGCGACAUGGAAGCGAGAUGGGGUCAUUUGUUCGACAUGAUAAUCAUCAACAAUGACACCGAACGGGCAUACCAUCAAUUGUUAGCAGAAAUCAAUUCACUGGAACGAGAACCGCAAUGGGUUGAAAAGAAAUAGUCAAAUAUGUGGGUGUUGGAAUGAAGUUAACCGGAAAUGAAUUAAACAAACGUAAGCGUAAUGAGAAUUAAAAAAACUUAAAAAAUAUCUAAAAAAAAGUUCACUUGAAUUCAAAUCAUUAAGAACAGCGACAACUUUUGUUUCCUUUCUUUUUUUAUUUGAAAUCUUCUCGAUGAUAAAUGGUGUUUAACAUUUCCGGUAACGAGAGCUAUUAGACUAUAAAGAAUUAUCGCAUUUUGCAAAUUUCAUCUAGAAACGUUUGGAUUGUUUUACUACAACAUUGAUUGAUCUUCUCACAUUUGAUGACUUUUAUUUGCGAAUGGGAGUUUCUCUCAUAAUGAAAUUCAUACGAUUGUUAAAUGAUUUGAUUGAUUAUUUCAUUACAUAUUUGCUUGAAUAAUUUAAGUCAAUUUUACUUUUCUCUUCCUCUUAAAAUUGUUUCAUUUAAUUUCACUAUCUAGAAAUAAAAAAAGUUAAGAAAAUUUUUCUUCUUCCAAAUACUCGAGAAAGAAACAAUUUCUAUUCUAAAAAGUAAUCACGUUAUGAACAAGUGUAAGAGAAAACUUCCGAUGGGAAGAAUCUUUGUGUGUUUAAUUGAAGAAACAAAACGAAUGCGAAUAUGUAAAAUGCUCUCCAUUUGUAUCUAGCAACUUAAUCAAAAACCUUAACAUUCCAAAGUUGUCGCAGCGGUCUUUAAACCCCUUAAUCAUGUGAUUAGUAAGAAAAAUCUUAUUCCUGCGUUUCGAAAAGAAAAAAUAAUUAAAAAACACAUUUCUAGACGUUGUUCGACUUUUUAAAGUAAGAAAAUAAAACCAGAGCGAAAUUUAACAUAAGAAAAAAGUUAAAAAAAUAUUUCCGAAUGUUUUGUUUUUUUAAUUUAAAUGUUUCGUAUAUAUUUGUGCCAUUUUUUACGAAGGGAAAGAGCAAAGGGUAAUUGGGAAACGAUCUUUGAUGAUCUUCUAAGAUGAUUGCAGUUUAUAGAAUUAUAUCGCUCAAGACAUUCCAUAAACAAGGAAAUAUUUAUAAUGAGAUUGUUCAUGAAUUACGUGAUGCAUCAUUAAACUUGAGUAAUUUAUAACAAUGUUUACUCCCACGCAUCCAUAAAAUGUGAACACAUAUUCAAUCAAAAUAUGAAUAAAUUCAUGAAACAUGAUGUAAUUUGCGAAUUAUCCCAAAACUAGUUUUAUUGAAGUAAGAAUUGUUUAAAGUUGUUGAAAAAAAAAUCACUUACCAUCCAGCCAGCCAACACAUCUCUCUUCCAACAGCCAACACAUAAUUUAUUACUUAUUUUCCUUCCAACAGCGAAACAUUUACGAGCAUUAUGCAACAUAAAAUGUAUUAUUAAAACUUUAUGAUGGAAGAACAUUUAUUAUUGAUAUAAUUCAUUCAUUAUUACUUUAUGUAGAUGAAAGAAGGAAACCAUACUUAAACAGAACAAAAAAAAUAUGAAAAGAAAGAAAUGAAACAUGAAAAUCAUCGUGAAUUUAUAAACAUUAAAUAUUAGUUCCAUAAUUAGAUGAGAGAAGAUAAAAGAAAAUGCAAUAAUUAAACGAAUUAAAAGAAGAAUGGUUUAAAAUAUUUAAAUUAUACCGUAAAGCGAAACACAAAUGUAGAGCAAAUGAAUUCCAAUCAUAUGAAGAAAAUUUGAAAGAAAAACAAGCAAAACUGCAACUCAAUGUGCAAUUUUUGCAAUCAAAAUCUUGUGUAUGCAUAUGCAGUUCGUUUACGGUUAACUGAUUAAGACCAUGAAGUCAACGUUUAGUAAAUUUAAUCAAUGAUAUUGAAAUCAAAAUUGCAAAUUCAUUGAUUAAGAUUACUCACAACGAUGCGUCAAAGCAAUGAAUCUUCAAACUAUCAAAAGAAAAAAAAAAAUCUAAAAAGAACAUUUAAAAGUGGAAAACUUAAAAAAAGAAAGAGAAAAUUUUUAAAGAAUGACAUGAUGAAAAGAAAAUAUAUUUUUCUUGAGUUUUGAUAAGAAAAUAAAUGAUAGAAGAAACAUUUAAUAAUAUAAAUAGUAAAUUUAUAACAGAAGACGACAUAAAUUGAAUUUUUGAUAUUUUUUAUUUUGUUGAGACGUAUAUGUAAAUUUACCCUAUUAUAAAAUAUAAUUUUUAUUAUCAAUGUGUUAAAGAAAACAAAAAAAAAUGAUGAAAAGUUUAACAAAUAAAAAAAAACUGAAAAAAGAUUUCAUUCACUUUAAAAAGAUGUUUUCAUUCGAUUGAAUUCCACUGUUGAUUCGCAGGUAUUCGUUGAGACAUAAGAAACAUUUGUUGUAGUUCUUCAAGGUUAAUAGUCGAGGUGUAACUGAUUGACUGCGAGAUUUGAGACGCAUUCGUCGAACUGGAUGAUCAAUGUCGAGAAUGGUUAUCGAUAAUGAAUACUGUUGUCUCACACCUUCACAACGCUUCUUCUGAAUCGGAGGUGCAACGUAACCGCGUGGAAAUCUCACAAGCUUUAAAGGCGGCAUUAAAUUUUUAUCUAAAGUGUCGAGCGAAAAUCUAACUCCCGAUAAAGCUGCAGCCAUUUGAAGCUUCCGUAAAUGCUUUAGCAACUCACUCCACCAUUUUUCAGCUCUUCGCCUCGUAAUAGAUUGAUGAAAAGACGAUUCUUCUUCGAAUCUCAACGAAAUUGUAUCGUCAAACUGCUUAAUGGCUACAAAUUUAUCAGAAAGAAAAUAAUAGUUCUGAGAGUAGUAAUCGCAUCGUGCACAACGUGGUGGAAAA